AUGGCUUCCAAGUCAAUGCUUCUUGUUGCCUUACUUGUCGGUUCCCUAGCUUUCACUUCAUUUGCCAGUGUCCCUAACAGGAAGCUUAAGAGUAGUCUCGAGGAUCAAAAGACGUUCUUCCACCAUCCAGGCGGCGGUCUUGGUGGAGGCGGUGGUCUUGGAGGAGGAGGUGGUCUUGGUGGAGGAGGCGGCCUUGGUGGAGGAGGUGGUCUUGGCGGAGGAGGCGGCCUUGGCGGAGGCGCUGGUGGCGGUUUAGGUGGAGGAGCUGGAGGCGGCGGUGGUUUAGGCGGAGGAGCUGGAGGUGGCGGUGGUUUAGGUGGAGGAGCUGGUGGAGGAGCAGGAGGAGGAUUUGGUGGAGGAGCUGGAGGUGGUGCUGGUGGUGGUGCUGGUGGUGGAUUUGGAGGUGGAGGUGGACUCGGAGGUGGAGGUGGAGCCGGAGGUGGAUUUGGAGGAGGAGCAGGUGGAGGUGGAGGUAUCGGUGGUGGAUUCGGUGGUGGAGCGGGUGCUGGUGGUGGUUACGGCGCCAGUGGACUUCCUUGAUGAGAUCUAUAUGUUUAACGUUAAAGCAUGGAAUGCAAUGCAUGGCAACACCAACUUAUUAUGAAGAAAAACAUUAAAAUAUAACUUUCCCCUAUCAUUCCAUCAUUUUGUGUCAUUACGUUGUCAUUAUUAUCAGUCUCUUAUAAGAAAUAAACGAAUUAGUUAAAC